AUGACCGAAGCUCAAUCAACUUUCAAACUGGCUGGGGAGAUGGAAAAGUUCCAAAGUCACAGAACUGAAAUUGAUAAUGCUCACAUCGACAAGUACCCUCUUCCCACAGAGGCUGAGAGCCAGACCUUGCGCCGAGUCGCAGGGACUCCGCCUCUUGUCUCCUUCUCACUUUGUCUCGUGAAGCUCGCCGAGCAUGCAUCCUACUAUGGAGCCUAG